AUGGGCCAGAAGGAAGUCCUGGGUACGGCCGAGGUCAAGGCCGUAAAGCGUGUCCGCCUGCUGCAAAUACUGCUACUAUGUCUGAGCGUCACCGUCAAUGUUGUCGUUGCUGUUGUUGUUCUCGUUGUUGUCGUUGGUUUUAUGAAAGUCGAGGAAAUUGCACCGGGCGCGAGCUGCACCAAAUGUCGCGAAGCCACGAUUGCUCUGGAAGCGAGGGUGCAGGCUCUUGGGCCGUGCAACAGAAUGACGACGGAAGACGAACUGAGGGGCUCUUAA